UUCAGUUGCGUUUUCCUCAUGUCGGAUUGGUUUAGCGGAAGAAAAUCCGAAAAAUUCAGUAGAAAACCAGUGUAAAUCAAGUUAAUUUAGCGUUCAAAAGUGAGAACUGUAAACCAACCAGCCGCACGAUGCCGCGUAUUAUGAUAAAGGGUGGUGUUUGGCGAAACACCGAGGAUGAAAUCCUCAAGGCAGCGGUGAUGAAAUAUGGCAAAAACCAGUGGUCCCGAAUCGCUUCUUUGCUGCACCGAAAAUCGGCCAAGCAGUGCAAGGCUCGUUGGUAUGAAUGGUUGGAUCCGAGCAUCAAGAAGACCGAGUGGUCCCGGGAGGAAGACGAGAAGCUGCUGCAUUUGGCCAAGCUAAUGCCGACACAGUGGCGUACGAUUGCGCCGAUCAUUGGCCGAACGGCGGCGCAAUGUUUGGAACGAUAUGAGUAUCUUUUGGACCAGGCUCAGAGGAAGGAGGAGGGAGAAGAUGGCUCGAUGGAUGAUCCGAGGAAGUUGAAGCCCGGUGAGAUUGAUCCAAAUCCGGAGACAAAACCGGCCCGUCCGGAUCCGAAGGAUAUGGACGAGGAUGAGUUGGAAAUGUUGUCGGAAGCUAGAGCUAGGUUGGCCAAUACUCAAGGCAAAAAGGCCAAGAGGAAGGCCCGUGAGAAGCAGCUGGAAGAGGCAAGAAGAUUGGCUGCGCUGCAGAAGAGAAGGGAAUUGCGGGCGGCCGGUAUCGGUUUGGGUAAUAGGAAGCGGAAGUUGAAGGGAAUUGAUUACAACUCGGAGGUUCCGUUUGAGAAGACACCGGCGCCGGGUUUCUACAAUACGUCGGAGGAGUUUGUGGUUCCGAUUGCAGCGGAUUUUUCGAGUUUGAGGCAACAGCAGUUAGAUGGGGAGCUAAGAACAGAGAAGGAAGCCAGGGAGCGGAAGAAGGAUAAAGAAAAGCUGAAGCAGAAGAAGGAGAAUGAUGUCCCGUUGGCGAUGUUGCAGAAUCAGGAACCGGCGAAGAAGCGUUCAAAGUUGGUGCUUCCGGAACCGCAGAUUUCCGACCAGGAAUUACAGCAAGUUGUAAAGCUGGGACGGGCCAGUGAAAUCGCCAAGGAAGUUGCUUCGGAAUCGGGAGUGGAAACGACGGACGCUUUGCUGGCGGACUACAGUAUAACUCCUCAGGUGGCAGCCACUCCCAGAACUCCUGCUCCGGUUACGGAUCGUAUCUUGCAGGAAGCACAGAAUAUGAUGGCUUUGACUCAUGUGGACACACCGUUGAAGGGCGGUACCAACACUCCGUUGAUUCAGUCGGAUUUCUCCGGAGCACUUCCACAGAGUAUGGUCGUUGCAACGCCAAAUACGGUCUUGGCGACUCCGUUCCGAUCGACUCGUGGUCCUGAUGGAGGAGCCACACCAGCAGGUUUUCUAACGCCUGCUUCCGGAGCACUCGUUCCGACAGGGGCAACUCCUGUUCAGACAGGUGCAACUCCAAACUUCGUUCGCGACAAAUUGAACAUCAACGCAGAGGAGACAAUGUCCGUCACGGAAACUCCGGCGGCCUACAAGAACUACCAGAAGCAGCUGAAAUCAUCUCUCAAGGAAGGACUCGCUUCACUGCCAACCCCGAGAAACGACUACGAAAUUGUAGUUCCGGACAAUGAAACCGCCGAGCCGAUGGACGACGGAACCGACGGCGAAUCCAUGGUCGCAGAUCAAGCCGAUGUCGACGCCCGUCGGAAGCAGGAACAACGUGUUCGCGAUGCCAAAGAACUAUCAUUGCGAUCGCUGGUUAUCCAACGGGACCUUCCACGGCCUCUGGACAUCAACAUGACCGUACUGCGCCCGCCCAACGAAAUGCACGGUCUGACGGAGCUCCAACGGGCAGAGGAACUGGUCAAACAGGAAAUGGUCAAGAUGCUCAACUACGACGCCAUCCGGAAUCCGGUCGUCAACCCGCAGGCUCCACCAAUCAAAAAGAAUCCUUUGUCACAGCAUCUGGCCUACCUGGAACAGCACCCAUACGAGGACAUUGACGAAUCGGAUUUGGACGGCGCAAAGGAAUUGCUCAAAGAGGAAAUGGGUGUCGUCAAAUUCGGAAUGGCCCACGGGGACCUUUCGUUGGAGAGCUACACCCAGGUCUGGCAGGAAUGUCUGUCCCAGGUCCUGUACCUUCCCAGCCAGAACCGUUACACCCGAGCCAAUUUGGCCAGCAAGAAGGAUCGUAUCGAAUCGGCUGAGAAGCGACUGGAAAUCAACCGGAAACACAUGGCCAAAGAAGCGAAGCGUUGCGGAAAGAUCGAGAAGAAGCUGAAAAUUCUCACCGGAGGCUACCAGGCGCGGGCUCAAGCGCUGAUCAAACAGUUCCAGGACACGAACGAACAGAUCGAGCAGAACAAUCUGUCCCUGUCGACGUUCAAAUUUUUGGCCUCGCAGGAAGAUUUGGCCAUUCCGAAGCGGUUGGAAUCGCUGACGGAGGACGUCAUGAGGCAGACCGAGCGGGAGAAAUCCCUGCAGAAGCGGUACGCACAGCUGACCGAGGAGUUCCGGGAGCUGUUCAGGGAGGAGCGAGUGGAGCGGCAGCCGGAACCACGCGAAAGAAUGCAGAAUGGUCGGAAGGAAGUGGAAGAAGAGGAGGAAGUGCAAGAAGAAGAAGAAGAAGAAGAGCACAAAGAGGAGCCGCAGGAGGAAAGCGUUCAGCCCCAGCAAGAGGAAAGCCAAGAGAAAGAAGUAGUGGAGGAGGAGGAGGAGGAGGAAGAGGAGGAGAAGGAGGAGAAGGAGGAGGAGGAGAAGAUGGAGGAGCAAGAGGAGCAGCAUUCUCAACCUCAAGACGAAGGGGAAGCUAUGGACUGUCAGAAGAACGACGAAGGAGAAGAGUAA